AUGCCAUCUAGAACCGAACAGGUCAUCGAUGCACUUGUGGUUGGUGCUGGGUUUGGCGGUAUCUAUCAAACCUACGCGUUAAAAAGAGAUGGAUAUAAUGUUCGCUGUGUCGAAAGAGCCCCAACAGCCGGCGGGGUAUGGUACUGGAAUAGAUACCCAGGUGCGAUGAGCGACACUGAAAGUUUUCUUUAUCGGUAUUCCUGGGACAAGGAAGCUCUCCAGACAUACCCUUGGCCGAAUCGUUACGUGACUCAGCCAGAGAUUCUCAAAUACCUCAAUUUCAUCGUCGACAAGCAUGAUCUGCGCAAGUUAAUGCGAUUUAACACCGCGAUGGAAAAUGCUACAUGGGACGCAGACCUCUGUGUUUGGAAGGUCAUAUGUGAUACGGGUGAUGUGUUCAUUGCCAAAUAUCUGAUCACCGCUAUGGGUGGUCUCUCCCAAGCCCACUUUCCGAAUAUCCAAGGCAUCAAUUCUUUCAAGGGUCGCCUGAUACAUACUCAGGACUGGCCUGAUGGAAUUGACCUGAAUGGUCUAAAUGUUGGUGUCAUCGGCAGCGGCUCGACUGGCGUUCAACUGAUGACCGCGAUUGCGCCAGAGGUAAAGAAUUUGAUUUCAUUUCAAAGAACUCCUCAACAUUCUGUCCCAUCUGGCCAGAGGCCCGUCUCGGAAGAAGAACGCAAGAAGAUAAACGAGAACUAUGACAACAUUUACAAGCAAGUUUGGAAUUCAGGUGCCGGAUUUGGUGUGAAUGAAUCCGAUCGGCCAAUGUCUUCCUAUCCCCGGGAGGAGCGAAAGAAGAUUUUUGAAGGGCUCUGGGAGCAGGGCAAUGCGUUUCGGUUCAAUUUGAGUAAAUUCAAUGAUAUUUCGACGAACAUUGAGACAAAUCGCGAGACUUGCAAGUUCAUCAACGAAAAGAUUGAUCAGAUUGUGAAGGAUCCUAGAAAGGCCAAUGCCCUGAAACCAACCGGGCUCUACAAUCGGCGCCCUCUGUGUGACUCUGGAUAUUAUCAAAUCUUCAACCGAGACAAUGUGGAUAUCAUUAAUCUUCGAGAAACUCCAAUUGAGACCAUUGUUCCCGAUGGCAUCCGUACCUCUGAUGGGAAGGUGCACGAGUUAGACGUCCUGAUAUUCGCGACCGGGUUCGACGCGAUGGAAGGGGCCUUUACCAGAACUACCAUUCAGGGACGAGAUGGGAAAUUGAUGACUGAUCAUUGGAAAAACGGGCCGACUUCCUUUCUCGGUGUGUCAAUGGCUGGCUUCCCCAACUUAUUUAUGAUCUUCGGACCCCAGGGCCCGAUGUCAAAUGGUGCCACGGUUGUCGAAGUUGAAGCAAACUUCAUCAUGAAGCUCAUCAAACAUGCGGAGAGUCGCAGUGUUUCCGGUGAGGUAGUAAUAGAAGCUCGACCCGAGUCCGAAGAGAAGUGGCGAGAGAUCUGUGACAAAGAAGCCAGAUCAUCAAUUCUCCACAACGCGCCUAGUAGCUGGAUCUUUGGAACAAACGUACCCGGCAGGAAACCUGUCGUGACAUUUUAUUUCCCUGGACUGAAGGGCUGGCUGGAAAUUACUAAAGAGGAAACUGAUCUUGGAUUCCCUUCAUAUACAUAA